AUGAAUUCAUAUGCUAAUGGACACUCAUCCUAAAUUAGGACUUCUGACGCUUAGGAGUCUCUAGUCCUAAACACUCGAAAUAGGAGAAUGAACAGCGUUAGUAAGCUUCAAAGAACAGAUGGUUAAAAUAAAUAAUCUUUGAAAAAGGUUGAGUUUUAUGAUAGAAUGCGCUUCAGUCUAAAUGAUGCUCGAUUAAAAUGGGAUCACACUUAAUAGUCAUUAGCACCAACUGAAAGUAUCAAUCAAGCCACUCAUUCCUUGAUUUAGGUUGCCUUUAAAAACAGGGAAUCUAUCAAUAAUUCGUAGAUGCAUUCAUAAAAUUCGAAUAAGCAGUUGAACUAAAGCAUUAGAAGUGCAUUGAGUCAUUCCUAUCUCAAUUAUCAUAACUAUGGCAGAAAAUUAUAAUUUCCAGAACCUUAUAAGGCCUUCAAUUAUCAAGAUAAUUCACUAGAGAACUAGACAAUCAGAAUGAGAAGAUAGGAACGCAGUAUGUUGAAAUAGAGAUAGAUUCAAAUUAAAAGGGAAAGAGACUAAGCUUUGAAAGAGUGGCUGGCAAAUGACAAAAAGAGUAUUAUAAGAGAUCUAAAUUUUUAAGAUGAGUUUCAAAUGUUUUAAAAGUUAAAGUAAAAGGCUGAGAAUGCUAAGAGUGAAAUAGCUGCACUUGUUAUUUAGAAAGCUUAUAGGAUGCUUGUAAUAAGGAAAUAAUAUCUUCGCAUUAGAAAAUUAAGGGAGAAAGCAGCAAUUAGGUUAUAAAAAUGUUGGAGGAGGAAAAAAGUAGAGAUUUAAUUGAAAAAGUUGAGAUAUGGACUUCUAAAUAAGGCUGCCAAUACUGUUAAAAAAUACAUAAAGGGUUAUCUGAUAUUCAAAAGAGUUAAGCUAGUAAAAAACAGGAUAAGAGAGAAAUUUAUGGAAACUUAUUUCCAGAGAAAACGAAUGGAGUUAUACACUGAUAGUCAAAUUAAGAUAAGAUAUUAUUUUCUGAAGUACAUUGAUGAAUUAAGAAAGAAAUAACUAGAGGAAGAAUUUAAAUAAUACAUGCUUGGGCAAAUUGAAUUUGAGCAGUCAACUAAAAUAUCAGAAUAUCAAAACACUCAGUUAAAAUCAACUUCUUUAAAGAGACCUAAAAAGCAUUGCUGUCUAACUAAUAGCUAGAGCUAGAAAGAAUUUUCAAUAAACAGAAGUAAAAAGAACAAGCUUAGCUUUUUGACAACUAAUAAAUCUGUUAAGCACUCCUUCAACUAAUCGAUUUCAACUUUAAAUAGAUUUAAGGAGUCAUAAUAAAUAUACCAAACAACUGCUGAUAGAAGGCUUUAGCCCACUUAUGACAUUACUGAUAACUUUAACCUAGAGAUAAAUUAAGGCGCAAUUCAUGAUAAUCUCACAACUAAAUUUGUGCUAUCUCCUCCAAAUGAAUUGGCUAGUUUGAAUGAAGGUGGUGGCAGUAUAGCAAUGUCUAGAAAACAUAUUUAGCCAUAGCUCCGAUAAAUAUAAACAAUAGCUUCUUCAAAUGGAAUGAUUACAUCAUAGAAUAGUAUAAUUAGUAUAUCUAAUUCUAAUAACAAGUAAACUACAUCAAUUGAAUUAAGAUAAAAAAGGAAAGUUAAGUCACUAAAUAUGCUUUAAAUGGAUGAUUAUGUAAUGGCUCUCAACAUGCAUCAUUAGUUUUACACUAAUGCCAGUUUAGUAAGAGUACUAGAUGCUACUGAAGAGGAAAGAGAUGGAUAUCAGCAGUAUUUGGAAUAAUGCAAAAAGCAAAAAUGUAGAGAAAUGGGAUAUGUAGACUAUUUGCUUAGAGUAAGACAGUAAUAAGGUGACCUUGAACGAAUUAGGAGAUCUCAUCUCGACUUUGUUUCUAAGUAGAUGUAAGUAAAACAUAUUUGUAGCAAAAUCUAUUUUAGAGACGAACAUGGAUAGAGUAGAAGCUUUCAUUAAUAGCAAAAUCAGAUAAAUGGGAAGGUCAACAGGUAGCGGGUAAAAAGUCAAAAUAUGGAUCGUAGGCCAAUGGUCCACAGCAUAGUAAAGAAUAGUUUCCAAUCUAUUAACCAAAAGUUUUAAUGA